AUGGGUUUACUCCAGAAGGUUGUCAAGAAUGAGGCGAUGAGAAACGACCCUCCCCAAAUCUACGGAUGGAAGGUCUUUUUCUUAUCUGCCAGUGCCUGUUUCGGUGGCAUGUUGUUCGGAUGGGACAUUGGUUCCAUUGGUGGUAUUCUCGUCAUGCCCACAUUCAUGAAGAUGUACGGAAUCACCCCAAAGACCGCCGCCAAUCUUCAGAGCAACAUCGUCAGUGUACUCCAAGCUGGAUGCUUCUUCGGAUCUCUCGUCGCAUACUGGGCUGCAGAUAAAUUUGGCCGCAAGCCCUCGUUGAUGGUUGCUUCUGGUAUCGCUAUUGCUGGAAUUGUUAUUCAGACAGCUUCAGAUGGACACAUUUCUGCACUUUACGUCGGUCGUUUGAUCGCUGGUUUCGGUGUUGGAGCUGCUAGUAUGCUUACGCCAUUAUACGUCAGUGAGAACGCGCCACGAGCAAUCCGUGGUGGUCUGACUGGUAUCUAUCAACUCUUCAUCGCAACUGGUGUCAUGCUUAGUUUCUGGGUCAACUACGGAACACUUGGAAACCUCAAGGGCAAUGCUCAAUGGCAAGUCCCUUUGGCACUACAAGGUCUUCCAGCCGUAUGCCUUUUCAUCGGUAUUCUCUUCUGCAACGAAUCUCCAAGAUGGCUCGCCCGCGCCGACAACUGGGAGAAGGCCACCUCUGUUUUGGCUAGACUUCGCAACUUGCCACCAGACCACGGAUACGUCCAGAUGGAACUUGAUGAGAUGAGAGAACAACUCGAGAACGAGCGUGCUUUGAUUGGCGGUGCCGGUUUCUGGGAUCUCCAGAAGGAAAUGUGGCUCAUCUCUGGUAACCGCAAGCGUGCUCUCGUCUCUAUCGGUCUUAUGGUCUGUCAACAAAUGACUGGAACCAACGCCAUCAACUACUACGCACCCCUUAUCUUCCUCAACCUCGGCAUUCCAGAAGCCCAAAAAGGACUCUUCGCAACCGGCAUCUACGGCGUCGUCAAGAUGGUAACCUGCGCCGCCUUCCUCCUUCUCGCCGCCGACUCCCUCGGCCGUCGCCGCUCCCUCCUCUGGACCUCCAUCGCCCAAGGCCUCGCCAUGUUCGUCAUCGGUUUCUACGUCCGCUUCAACCCACCCGUCAAAGGCCAGCCCAUCCCCGCCGUCGGCUACUUCGCACUCACCUGCAUCUUCCUCUUCGCCGCAUUCUUCCAAUUCGGAUGGGGUCCUUGCUGCUGGAUCAUCGUGUCUGAAAUCCCUACCGCGCGUCUGCGCGCCAUGAACGUCGCUAUCGCCGCGUCCACGCAAUGGCUCUUCAACUUCGUCGUCGCGCAGGCGGUGCCGCAUAUGCUGAAGAAUGUCGGCAAGAAUGGAUACGGCACUUACUUCAUCUUCGGCGCGUUCUGCUUUAGCAUGUUCUUCUUCGUCUGGUUCCUCGUUCCUGAAACGAAGGGUUUGAGUUUGGAGAAGAUGGACGACCUCUUCGGCGUCACGGACAUGGUCAAGGAGAAGAACAUUGCUGAUGAGGAGGCUCACCGCGCUCCAGUUGAGAUCCACGAGACGACGGCAAAUGUGCCACAUGGAGACCACAAGAACGCGGCUGCGGUGUCGCAUGUGGAGCAUGGUGAUAAGAAUACCCGUGAGGUCCGACUUUAG